AUGGUAAGAGAUUUGUUUAAAAGUGAAAGUGUUAUAAAUAACAAAGAUAGUGAUUUAAAGUCUGAUAAAGUAAUACAGAAGAAAGAUAAUGAAUGUAUAAACACCUCAAAGUUUGAUGAAAGCAAAAAAGAUCUUUCUAAAGUCAAUGAAGAUAAUACCAUUCAAAAUACUGAACCAAUCAUCUGUCAAUAUCAAAUAAAGACAAAUAACAUACUAACCGGUAUAGAACACUUAAAUAGCUACUUUAAUAUUUUUAAUCAUUCACAAAGUUUUAUAAAUAAUCAAUCAUAUAAUUUUUAUCAAGAUCUAAUAUUUGAUAAUAAUACACUUAACAACAAUAGAAAUAAUAAUAACAGUGAACAUAUAACACAUUUAUAUAAUGAAGAUUUAUCAAAUAAUGACCAUAUUUCGUUUGAUUAUAUAACCAAUCAAUAUAUAUUAGAAGAACAUAGAAGGAUUAUUUCUAAAAGUCACUGUAAUAAAAAAAAUAAAGGAAGAUCAUCAAAAAAAGUUAAGUGGACAAGAGAAGAAGAUAAACGAUUGUUAUUACUAAUUAAAAAUUAUGGUACUUAUGAUUGGGAUAUAAUAGAUAAGUGUAUGUUAAGAAAAACUAAAAAACAAUGUCAAGACAGGUAUAACAAUGAUUUAAAUCCAUCUCUAAACCAAGCACCAUUCACUCAGAAAGAAAAAAUCAAAAUUAUUAAGUUAAAAUAUAAAUUUGGUGAUAAAUGGAAAUGUAUUGCUAAAGGAUUAAAAAACAGAUCUGAAAAUGCAAUUAAGAAUUUCUAUUAUGAAUUUUUAAAAACAGGAAAUAUAAAUAAUUAA